AUGUGCACAGUGACAGUGUGUGUGUGUGUGUGUGGGAUAUGCGCAGUGACAGUGUGUGUUUUCUAUCUUCAGGUGUGCACAUUCUCGAGUGGAUUGUUGGCUGUCAGUGGAAUGAUGAGACCGGGGAGACAGGAGGGAUUGAACGUUAUGAAUACGACAGGAAAUACUUCCUCACUGAUGCCAUGAAAACCUGGAAUUUAAUUCCACCUGCACAGCUGCUGUUUAUCAGUGCAGUGAAAUGGAAUCCAGCUGUGCUUGAGAAUGACAAGCAGUACCAGAUCCAGAUCUGCAUUGAGUCACUGAAGAAGUAUGUGAGCUACAAGAGCACUCUGGAGAGGACAGUUGCUCCUGAGGUCUCUCUGCUGCAGGACUCCUCCUCUCCUGUUGUUACCUGUCAUUUGACCGGAUUCUACCCCCGUGACAUCAUGGUAACCUGGCAGAGAAACGGAGAGGACCUGGAUGUGGACGUAGAGCUGGGGGAGAUGGUGCGCAACGAGGACGGAACUUUCCAGACCAGAUCUCACCUGAGAGUGAAGCCUGAGGACUGGAAGAGCCAGAAUUACACCUGUACUGUACAGCACAAGAGCCUGAAACAGGACAUCGUUCUGCCUGUCAGAGAGGAGAACAUCAAGAGGAACACAGAUAUCAAGAUCCUGACGGCAGGAAGGGCGUCAUCAUCGGCGUCAUCAUGUGUGCUGGCCGUUUUCAUCCUCGCCCUCGCUGUCAUCGCUAUCGUCAUUUAGAAGAGAAACUCAGGUGAGAGUCACUGACACACAGAUACACUGACACACUGAGACUGAGUAACAGACACAGACCCACUGGCACACCUUAAGCGCAGUAACAUAAUAAAGCUGGCACACUGAAACAUUUCACAGUUUAAUAGUUUCACUGUGACAGUCAGACAUGCUGCAUGUGUGAUUCUAACUCUCUGUGUCUCAAUUUCAGACUAUGGGACGACUAGAACCUGUGCCACUUGUUCAGCGAACCCAACCAACCUACAGCCACUGACACUGCUUGUGUGAACUCCAACCGACCUGCAGCCACUGACACUGAUUCAGGGAACUCCACCCAACCUGCAGCCACUGACACUGAUUCAGGGAACUCCACCCAACCUGCAGCCACUGACACUGAUUCAGUGAACCCCAACCAACCUGCAGUCUCUACCUCACUGGCCUUUCCUGCAGCUGUUGGAGUUCUGGCUCCACAAGGAGUCCUAGCUACAAAGAAGUGAAUCAAAGUGCCUUAUAAACACAAAACUGGAUCUCAGAAAAGAAAAAAUUGAUGGCUU